CAAAGCAAUUCUCCCAAACAACUCUUCCUUUUUCCCCUCUUCUGCACAUUGCCAGUGCCAGAAAAAAAGCUGCCCCAGAUCUAUGCUUGUCCAAAUUCACAGUGUUCUGGUUAUCGAACUGAAAAAAGGUAAAUAUCAGAAUCCUGAAAAGUCUGAAAAGACCCUAGAAUUGUGUCAAGACAAAUCACAGCCCCUUCUUUUCCUGCACAUUGUCCCAUGUAACAACUCCUCCAAUUACAUCCCAUACAUCCCCCAGACCAGAAUAACUUGAGCCAAGUGACAAAAAGUGAAAUCUUGUCCUGCUGUCUACAGUUUUGGCAAAGGAAUAUUGAAUAGUUUGAUGUGUUCUCCUGGAGCAUUUAAAAGAUUUACCACAAACCAUGAAUUUUGUAGGUAGCAAAGCAGUUGUAAAAAGAGAAUCCAUUGAUGUUAAAACAGUACACUUAUAAAAACAUAAUAACCUUGAAGAAUAGUGUACGUGACUUUCAGUAGUACAGUGAGAAACAGUGAAUUUGUAUGUUGCAUUUAUUCUGUGUAGGGCACGUUCAACAAAGCAGAAGAAUAAAGCUCUCUGAUAGGUUUUGAUCUGCACACACUCUUGCUCCCCACUGAGAACUUCAGGAAGCGCAGGAAAGGAGAGCAUGAACUGAUGGCUGGGCUCAGGAGUGCUUAUCUUUGCAUCACAAGCUUGACUGCAUGUUUUUGUACCUCUUUUGGCUACAGUGUUCAGAGGUUUGUCUUGUGGGUCCAAGCAGUCCUGUCUGGAUGUGAAGUAGCUGAAGAGGUUGAUGCUGAAGGCUGAUAAUUGCAAAUACAAAUAGCUGGUCUCACCCCUUGAGAAGAGUCCUGCCUCUUUCUAAAGAUCAGAGCCUGCCCAGACUCAGCUGUAUUUGUCUAUUAACAGAUAAGAUUACUGCUUUGAGAUGAGGUCCUUCUUAUGCUGCCCUAAAAGAUUUACACAUAAAAUACAUGUACACAGAAGACUUGGGGUGUUUCAGAUACUGAGUGUAUCAGCUUCCUCUCCUGAGCUGAGUCAAGGACAGUUAUCUGCAAAUGAAGCUGAGGCAGCUGCACAGCUGCUGCAUCCUCAAAGUUUGAGUUGCUUACUGUUGCCACCUCUCUUUUGCUGGGUACAGCUCAUCACAUUCAAGACAGAUUUUUCAUGUAUCAAUCGCUCAGCAAUGUCUAUUGUCCAUCUGUGCUAAGAUCUCCUGUCAUCUUCCUGUUAUACAUCAGAAAAGACUGCAAAAGUGAUCCACAGAAAAGAAAAGAGAUAAAAAUGGAGAAAGGCAUUGCAGAAAGUGCUGCCAAGCUCCUGGAGAAGAGUCCAUUCUCUGUUGGUGCCCCGAGCCCCCUGCUCCCCUCGCCGGCGAGCCUGCAGCUGGCGCAGCUCCAGGCACAGCUCACGCUCCACAGGCUGAAGUUGGCUCAGACUGCCGUCACCAACAACCCGGCCGCCGCCACUGUCCUCAACCAGGUGCUCUCCAAAGUGGCCAUGUCACAGCCACUCUUCAACCAGCUGAGGCACCCCACGGUGAUGAGCGCCCCGCAGGGCCACACCGCAGGCCCGCCCCAGGGGCCUGGCAUCGCCGGCACGAGGUUCCCCUCUGGUGGCAUUGCCUUUCCUGCCCAGAGCCCGGCCUUAGCUGCUCAAGGGGGAGGUCUGGGAGCCGUCCAGGCCCAGGCGCCCAAUGCAAUUGUCAUGAAUCCUUUUGGAAGUGUCAUGGCUCCGACCUCUGGCCAGCAGCCCAUGGUGGUGGGUCUCAACAAGGCAGGUGCUUCCACAUCUACUGCUGCAGGGAGCUUUUAUGAGUACAACAAGCAAAAUGCCGUCAGUGCCACAUCUCAGGCAUUCGCCUCGGAGGGGGAACAGUCCAACCAGCAUGGCUUCCUUGCUGGUGGCACCCACACUGCCACCCCAGCAGCAGGGCCACACUACGAGAGUCACUUUGGGGCUCCCGGCCAGCUGCAGCACGAGGCGGCAGCGACAUUUCCCAAAGAGUCCUACGGGGCAGCAGCACAGCAUGGUGCAGCACGGGCCUUCCCCAGCGACCCACACACGGGCUCCCAUCCGAAAGGAGAUCCCGGCCCUCUCUUGCAUGGCAGCAGUACAAGCAACCAGUGGGAAAAUAUCCCUAAUUUCCCCAGCCAAAACAAGCCUGACCUCAUGCCCGGCGACAGCCUGUGGCCGUCAGCGAGUCAGCAGCAGUAUGAAAUAAGAAACGAGCUGUACAACCCCGAAGAGCCGACACCUGACACAAAGUUCAGCACGGCCGCCCCCCCCGCCUUUGGCCGCCUCAACCACAGCGCGCAGAGCUUCGGCAGCCCUCGCAUGAGGCAGAAGGAGGAGCGCGGUGGCGGCACGCCCGAACUGCCCACCCGCUCCCUGCCACCGCACCAGCUUGGCGACCUCCGUGGCGUGGCCCCUCUCCACUUCCCCCACAUCUGCGCCCUGUGCGACAAGAAGAUCUUCGAUCUGAAGGACUGGGAUCAGCACAUUAAGGGAAGUCUUCACAUCCAAAAAUGUAUGGCUUUUUCAGAUAACACUGGUAUCCGGUGUAUGUUAAGCUCAGCAGAUGGAACAUUGCAUUUAUCGCCAAAUAAUGCAGCAGUUUUCAAUCCAUCUAGUAUUGAAGAUUAUUCACCAAAUGUUGGCGCAUCUUUUAUUGCUACACCAGCAAGACCCUUUGGCCAGCCAGGUCCAUUUUCUUCUCCUCCAUCAGGGUUUCCCCAGAGGAAAUCUACACUGGGUCGAGUUGUUCACAUUUGCAACCUGCCUGAGGGAAGCUGCACAGAGAAUGAUGUCAUUAACCUAGGCCUCCCCUUUGGAAAGGUCACCAACUAUAUCCUCAUGAAAUCUACUAAUCAGGCCUUUCUGGAAAUGGCUUACAGUGAAGCAGCCCAAGCCAUGGUACAGUACUACAAAGAAAAACCUGCUAUGAUAAAUGAUGACAAGUUACUUAUUAGGAUGUCUAAAAGAUACAAGGAAUUGCAGCUGAAGAAACCAGGUAAGAAUGUGGCUGCUAUAAUCCAGGACAUCCACUCACAGAGGGAGAGGGACCUGCUGCGUGAAGUGGACAGCAGGUAUGGCACUGAGAGGCCCCGCUCCCGCAGCCCCAUAAGCCGCUCGCUGUCACCGCGGUCCCACACGCCCAGCUUCACUUCCUGCAGUUCACCACACAGCCCGCUGGGGACCAGCAGGACCGACUGGGGAAAUGGGAGAGAGGCAUGGGAUCAGUCCCCCUAUUCUCGACGGGAAGAGGAAAGAGAUAGCAGAGAAUGGCGAGAGAAUGGGGACGAGAAGAGGGACAGGACUGACACGUGGGUACACGAGAGGAAACAUUAUUCCCGACAACUGGACAAGUUUGAUUUGGAUGAACGGCUUGAAGGAGGCAGAGGACACCGAGAAAAAUACUUAAAGACUGGUUCCCCUGGGUCCCUUCACCCUUUAUCUGGCUACAAGAACAGGGAAGAUGACUAUUACCGGAAAUCCUCUAAGUCAAAAUCUGACAAGUUUCAAAGGCAGCUGCAGGAUUUACCUGGGAGAUCUAAGAGGAAGGAAGAGGCAAAGUUAAGGGAACGCAGGCAUUCUUACAGCGAGGACACUGCCAGGGAGGAGGCAGCUGAACAGAAGCACAGCAAAGCAUCUGAGGGCUCCAGGCAAAAACAAAGUGAUAAGAAUAAAAUGAAGAAAGCUGAAAAAGACCAAGAAGAUGCUACUGCUGAAGGCAGUGAUGUAAAGGAAACAAAACCUCCCGAGAAUGAGCUUGAAAAUGAGGAGCAAGUUCCAGUGAAGAGCUCACCUUCAGAUAAUAAACAAGGAAAAGAAUCUGGAGAGAUUCUGGAAAACACAAAGAAAGAGAAGGACCGAGACUGGGAGAGUGGAAGUGAAAUAGAAGGUGAGACCUGGUAUCCUGCUAACAUGGAGGAAUUAGUGACAGUAGAUGAAGUAGGAGAAGAUGAUUUAAUUAUGGAGCCUGAUAUAACUGAGCUUGAAGAAAUAGUCCCAGUUGAUCAAAAAAAUAAAGCUGCUUCAGAAAUGUGUCCCUGUAUGUCAACCAUGUUAGAACUGAAAAACGAUCACAGCCACUUGACAAGAAGUGAAGACAAAUUUGCCCAUAAAGCUUUAGAAACAAACUCCAGAACAUCAAAGGGCAAUGCAGCUUCUAGUGGCUGUCAGGAAGAUGAUGAGGAUGAUGAUAAUGAUGAUGCUGUAACUGAAGCAUCAAGCCUAAAUCUGGACCCUGAACAGAAGCCAGAGGAAUGGAAAGAAGACCAAUCUGCUAAGGAGUCUGAUUGCCACCAGAAGGAAGGAAAAAUUGAUAAGAGCUCUGACACUCGUUUAGAGCCUGAAGAUCACCAUAUACCUUCUGUUCAUCUGAAAGAAGAGACUCUUCAGCUCCCUGAUACAUUUAUAGAUGAUUACAAACAGAUGGGAUCACAAGGAGCUGAGAGCAGAGAAGUUACGGAAACGCUCAUUAAAAACGCUAGUGAAGAAUCAAGACAUGGAAGCCAAGAGUGUCCAGAGGCCAAGGCAAAUUCUAGGUACUUGGAAAUGAGAUCUCUGGAAUACCCGGAGGUAGAGUCUAAACCAAGGCCCUCUGCACCAGGCUGGGAACAAGAGGACGUCUUCACCGAGCUCAGCAUUCCCCUGGAUGUGAGGAGAGAAGGAACAGAGUAUAUGACAGACGGGUAGCUGUUGAAAGAAACAGCCUUUUGAUUCUAGAACAUUGCUAAUUCAUUCCAAAUGAAUGGCAAAAGGCAGCUGAUGAGAUAAGUUCCCUUGCACUAUAUAUGAAAUACAUAUGAAAAAAUACUCAGUAAUUUAAAAGUCUUUGGAAUAAAGUAUAAGAAAAAGUAUUGGCUUUGCUGUGUAAAUACUGAUUAUGAGCAAAAUACCUGGAAGAAGUACAUCCUCAAAAGCAAUCUGUGUAAUUUAAACAUGAAUUUACUGCUAAAAAGUAUGAUUGCUUUUCUAGCCCUUGAGGUUACAGAGUGAAGUUUCCAGUCAAUAUUAUGAGAAGAUAGAUUUUAAAGCAUGUAUAUCUAAGAGAGAAGAGAAAAGCUGUGUUUUCAGUGCAUGAGAUUUUAAAGUGCACCUAAAUAUUGCAAAAUUAGGGAAAUCAGAGAAGUGAAUCCAGGAUUCAGUCUUCCUAUUCCUAAUAUUUAACUAAGUAGCACGUUUUUUCUUUGAAAACAAGUUUAUUAUGGGAGGGAUGGGAUUUCAAGUGACACUUUAAUGUAAUUU